AUGGAGCAUUUGUCUAGAACUAGAUCAGAUCAUGCAUCUCUAUUGUUAUCAGCUGGUGAACAGGUUCAACCAUUUCAUAAGCAUUUCAAAUUUUUAAAGUUCUGGUUGGAGCAAGACUCAUUUAUGCAAGUAGUGGAAGAUUUUUGGAAAACAGAUUACUUGGGCGAUCCUUUUGUCACUUUUAAGUUGAAAAUGAAGAAGGUUAAAUCAGCUUUAUCUAAUUGGAGCAAGGAAACAUUUAUAGAUUUAUUCAAACAGUUAACAAUAAGGGAAGGUAUUGCUAAGAUAAAGGAGCAAUUGUUUGAGGAAUUCCAUUCAGAAGGGAACAAAAUGUGGCAAUCAGAAGGUGAUAGAAACAUCAUAUACUUACAUAGUUUGGUGAAGGGGAGAAGAAAAAGAUUACAUCUAUCAAGAAUUCAAAAUGUAGAAGGAGAAUGGAAAGAAGAUGAUGAUCAAAUUGCAGGAGCAGCUAUUCACUUUUACCGAAGUCAAUUCACGGAAGAAGAGACUUCUCAAGAUUGUAGAUUAUUAGAUGUGAUUGCUCCUAAAGUAACUCAAGAGCAGAAUUCUUUGCUAAGUGCUAUGCCAACCUUGGAAGAAGUGAAAAAUUAUGUUUUUCCAAUAUUAGGUGACAGUGCUUGUGGACCUGAUGGUUUUUCAAGCAUCUUUUAUCAGAAGUGUUGGAAUAUUGUAGGAGCAGAUGUGUAUAAUGUAGUGAUAGCUUUCUAUGAGGGGAGAAACAUAAUUGAGAAUGUGUUACUUACUCAAGAGUUGGUGGCUGAUAUUAGAAAGAGGGGGAAACCAGCUAAUGUGAUCGUCAAGUUGGACAUGGCAAAGGCAUAUAACAGAGUUUCUUGGAGAUUUCUUAUUCAGGUCAUGAGGACAAUGGGAUUUGCAGAUAUGUAUGUAGUUAUGAUUUGGAGGUUGAUAGCAAAUAAUUGGUAUUCCAUACUAAUUAAUGGUCAAUCAAUUGGAUUUUUUCAUUCUACAAGACGAGUUAAGCAAGGUGAUCCCCUAUCUCGAGCUUUGUUCAUCAUGACAGCUGAAGUCUUAUCUACUUCUCUGAACUCAUUGUUUGGAAAUAACAUGUUUAGAGGGUAUGGGAUGCCAAAGUGGAGUGCACAGCUGAAUCAUCUGUCUUAUGCUGAUGAUACCAUAAUUUUUGCUUAUGCUGACAAAGAAUCUUUACAAAUGAUCAUGGGGGUUUUGCAAGGUUAUGAGAAGGGUUCAGGACAGAAAAUUAAUACUGACAAGAGUGCUUAUUAUAUGCAUGAAAAAGUGGCUAAUGACUUGAGCCAGGAUGUACAUCAGAUAUCUGGUUUUAAUAGGGGUGAAUUUCCUUUUACCUACUUGGGAUGUCCUAUCUUUCAUGUAAUGAGACAAAAGUUGUUCUAUAAAGAUAUGUUGAAGAAAGUUAGGGAUAAAUUACAAGCUUGGAAAGGAAAAUUACUAUUAUUUGGUCGAAAAUCAGUUUUGAUCACUAGUGUAUUACAAAGUAUUCCUAUAUACUUGUUAUCAGCAAUGGUCCCACCAAAAUGUGUCAUCAAAGAAUUGCACAAGUUAUUUAACCGAUUUUUUUGGCAAACAAAGGAGGAUGGCAGAAGUAAACACUGGUCAGAAUGGGAGAAGAUGUGCUUUCCAAAGCAAGAAGGUGGAGUUUGCUUCAGAUCUUUGUUUGACAUCUCCAAAGCUUUAUUUGCUAAACUCUGGUGGGGGUUUAGAACAAAUAACACUUUAUGGGCAUGUUUUAUGUGGAAUAAGUAUUGCAAGAGGUUUAGACCUACUGUGGUUCAAUGGAAAGGUGGAGGAUCACAGACUUGGAAAAUGACUAAGCUAGGGGCUUUGAGUAAUUAUUUACCAUCUCAAUAUCAAUUACAUCAAUCUAUUGAUGAAGUUGAGGAAUUGAUGACUGAAGGACAAUGGAAUUAUAAUAUGCUACAGCGGUUAUUUCCAAAUGACAUUGUGGAGCACAUCAGACAGGAGUUAGGUCAUAUUGUGAGAUCAGAUGAUAAAGACAAAUCCUGGUGGAUGGAAACAAGUUCUGGGAAAUUUACUGUUAAAAGUGCAUGGGAGCUUCUCAGACAAAAAGCAACAUUUUCCUCUCAUUAUGAGAAACUCUGGAUAAAAAGGAGUGCCUUACAAGGUGUCAUUUUUCUUAUGGAGAAUCUGGUUCAGGAAGAAAUAAUGGAUUAUCUAUUCAUAUCAAGCCCAUUGGCUAGCAAGAUAUGGAAAUACUUUGUAGUUGCAGUAGGUAUUAUAACUAUAUUGGUACAGAAGUCAUUCAAUUCAGGCAUUGUCAGGAAGUUCCAACUCAAAGUGGAAGAUUCAUUAAUCUGGACAAAGCACAAGUUCCAAACCUCAUAA